AAGACGCUCAUUUGUUCAAGCGAUUGGGUUAAGCUUCUCGUUUGCUGUCCUCUAGAAACAUCCUGCUUGUUUCCCGAGAAAAUCCCCUGGAGAAAUCUUCAGCCUUUGCGAGAGGAACUCCAAUCCAACGACGAUGGCUUCCAUUGGUAUUCGCGGCUCAAUCCUCCUCGACACCUGUUUUCUUAACCCUAGAUUGCUCCCCAGCCACCGAAACCUUACCCUCAUCCUUUCUCUCCCGCGAAAACCCUACCCCUUUCUUUCCCUAAAAAACCCUAGAAUCUUCGCGUCCGCCGUUGCUUCCCCGUUGCCGACGGCGUCCUCACGGUGCCCACAGCCCCGAACUUGUUUCCCACUCACCGAUUCCACUCGGUCGAUCACCACACUCGCUCUCUUAGCCUCCAUCGUCGCCAAAUCCCUAGCCCAGAAACUCUCACUCGCAGCCGUGAAUCUCAGUCCCCUGAUUCAGGGAUCUCUCCAGGCUUCUCUCCGAACUGCGGGUCCGGCAUUCUUCGCCUCUCUCCGGGACCGGCCGACCGGUUACCUGAACACGCCGCUCACGGUGGUCGCCGCCGGGCUGUCGAAGUGGCUCGAUAUAUACAGUGGGGUUUUGAUGGUUAGGGUUUUGCUCAGUUGGUUCCCGAACAUUCCAUGGGAUCGCCAGCCUUUGUCCGCCAUUAGAGACCUUUGUGAUCCUUACCUGAAUCUCUUCAGGAAUAUAGUCCCUCCUGUUUUCGACACUCUGGACGUGAGCCCGUUGCUGGCUUUCGCGGUUUUAGGAACUCUGGGUUCGAUUCUGAACAACAGCAGGGGAUAUUGAAGGGCUGCUUCUGGGUUUGAGCAAUGUAAGCUUAUCGAUCUUACCAGGUUUUGAUCUUUUGCUAUACAAUUCGUAUCUGAUCUAUAGAAGUUUGAGAGUAAUUGUGUACUGAAACUGGGAAAUUUCCGUCUUAAAGAAAGAUUGCUUUUUGCAGAUGGGAUGAUAGAUGUAGUAUGUAUGGUAUUGUGAUCUAUCUUGUUUAUGGCAAUGCAUGGAUUUGUAAUUUCUGAUUUAUAGAAUUGAAUAAGAUGGCACAGAGAAAAUC